CGCGGGGUGGGGCGCCGGUCCAAGCCCCCGGGGCUCCCAGGGGUCCCUGUGGGCGGGAGCACGAGUGCGCGGGCUACCGGGCGGGCCCGCCAGGUGCGAGCCCAGGCCACACACAACUCAGCUGUACCAGCAUGUGCCGGAGACCCGCUGGCCCAUCGUGUAUUCACCACGCUACAACAUAACCUUCAUGGGCCUGGAGAAACUGCACCCCUUUGACGCGGGGAAAUGGGGCAAGGUGAUCAGCUUCCUAAAAGAAGAGAAGCUUCUGUCAGAUGGCAUGCUGGUGGAGGCACGGGAGGCUUCGGAUGAGGACCUGCUGGUGGUGCACACAAGACGCUAUCUCAAUGAAUUGAAGUGGUCCUUCGCUGUUGCGACCAUCACAGAGAUCCCCCCUGUCAUCUUCCUCCCGAACUUCCUUGUGCAGAGGAAGGUGCUGAAGCCCCUUCGGACCCAAACAGGAGGAACCAUCAUGGCAGGGAAGCUGGCCAUGGAGCGAGGCUGGGCCAUCAAUGUGGGUGGAGGCUUCCACCACUGCUCCAGUGACCGGGGCGGGGGCUUCUGCGCCUAUGCGGACAUCACACUGGCCAUCAAGUUUUUGUUCGAGCGAGUGGAGGGCAUCUCCAGAGCCACCAUCGUUGAUCUUGAUGCCCAUCAGGGCAAUGGACAUGAACGGGACUUCAUGGGUGACAAGCGUGUGUACAUCAUGGAUGUCUACAACCGGCACAUCUACCCUGGUGACCGCUUUGCCAAGCAGGCCAUCAGGCGGAAGGUGGAGCUGGAGUGGGGUACGGAGGAUGAUGAGUACCUGGAUAAAGUGGAGCGGAACCUGCAGAAGGCCCUCCAAGAGCACCUGCCCGACGUCGUGGUGUACAACGCGGGUACCGACAUCCUCGAGGGUGACCGCCUUGGGGGGCUGUCCAUCAGCCCACAGGGCAUCGUGAAGCGGGACGAACUGGUGUUUCGGGUGGUCCGGGGCCGCCAGGUGCCCAUCCUCAUGGUGACCUCGGGCGGCUACCAGAAGCGCACGGCCCGCAUCAUUGCCGACUCCAUCCUUAAUCUGUACAGCGUCGGGCUCAUCGGGUCUGAGUCCCCCAGCCUCUCGGCACAGAACUCAGACACGCCCCUGCUGCCACCCGAAGUGCCCUGACCGCGCUGCCCUCCUGCUCUUCCGUGGCUCCCCGCCUGCCUCAGCCCUGCCCGCCCCUCAGAGCUUCUCCUUUUCUAACCACGGGGGUGGUGGGGGUGGCUGCCAGGAGGCGCCGAGGGGCAGGGGCCGGUCCCUCACAGGGCUGGCCUUGGGGGCAGAUCCCCACUCCCCCAUUGGGUGUCAGGGGUCUCUGGGCCCCUCAGUGGCUGGGGGCUGAAGGCAGGGCCCGAGUCCCAGCCGACUCACGUGGGGUUGUGGGUCCAACCAGGCCCUGCAGAAAGGUGGGCAGUUUCCCAAGGUCGGAGAAUGGGAGGUGAGGCUUUGGGGGCCCAAGUCACAGGAUCUGCUUCACCCUGUCUUCCUCACCUCAGGGAGGGCACGGGCAGCCAUGGGCAUCCGUGUGGGUGGGCCUGGGGGCCAGGUGCCACAGCUCGGCCUCCCGGGGGUGGUGGGCUCUGGACUCCCAGCCGACAGGCAAGAGCCCUGGUCCUGGACGUGACGGGUGGCCCGGAACGGCAUGCGAGUGGGUUUUCCCAUUUGGUAUUCCCCUUCAGUGAAGCAAGGGCUGGACCUGCUUUCCCAGGGCUCCUCGGUGGUGAUAAGAGCAGGAGAGGGCCCGAGGAGCCCCAAAUCCAUGUUCCAGCCAUGGUUUUGCCUGUUUGGGGAGAGUAACAGGUUUUGGGGGAAGAAUGCUUGGCUCAGUGAGGGGCCUCAGCACUGGAGGCUUGAGGGGGCUGCUGACCCUGGUGGGGAGGGGCAGAGGAAGGUGAAGCCCAGAAGGGGACCCUGGAGAUGGGGACAGGUGGCCAAGCUGAGUCCUGUGGGACCUGAGGCCCCAAGUAUGGUAGCCGGGCUGGCGCUCCUGGAGGUAGUUCAGAGCUCGCCAUCCUGGCCUAUAGGUUAUAUGGGUAAGACCUGGGGCAGGGGCUGGGGGGGGGGGCGGCAGGGGGUGGCGGGGUGGAACAGGGUGUGGCUACAGCCUCCACUGUCCUCACCCAAAGUUCCCAGGUCCUGACUAUGCUUGUGUCUGAGUCCCAAGGGGGCCCUGACCUCGUCCUCAGCUCUAAUCUGAAGGGAACACUCAGGGCCACCCAGGAAGCUGGGUGGGGUGAGCAUCCACGCAUCCACCCCUUCACCUGAGUGUGUUCUUAGCGAUCAUGGGUGGGGGGUGUGAGGAGGGAAAGCGAGCCAGCUGAGGCGUAUCCCUGUCCCCGAGCAACCCCACCAUGGGGCUCAUGUUCACUACCAUCUGGGGGUAAUCUCGCAUCCUCCCAUGUACUCCCUUGGUGCUCCCACUCCUGGGGGACAGGAGGAAGGGUUUCAAAAUCAUGAACUAUCAAAAAGACUGACCUCCUGGACUAGACCUCGAGGCACUAACCACGCACUUGUUCUCCGCCCCCCGCCCCCCACCCCGCCCGGCCUGACUGAAGGUACCUAACAUCCCCUCACGUCCACCUGGGGCCUGCGACAUGUGGGGGCAGGCAGUGGGCUCGCUUCAUCACUGUUGAGCUGCUGUUUGUAGAGAACCAUAAAGGCUCUUCUUGAUUGGA